AUGAAGAGGGAGGCUCGCCAACAUGGUAUUGUUCGGACUUAUCGAUGGAGCCCGAUACCCAAAACACGACAUGUUCGAAGAAUCGAUCCUGUCACGGUUUCCGGAUCAUUUUCCAGUGUGAUAUCAAAGGCCGGCAGCCAUUCCGAGUUUACUGGGAAAUGUGGGAAGUCACAAUGGGUCCAGUGUCAUUCGAAUCCGGUUGGUAAGUCCAAGGACAAGACAAAGGGAGCUCAAAAGUUUAGGACAACUAAUAUUGCCGGUUUUAAAUUCUCAGGGUUUUCUGCCACUGGGGUUUUGGAAUAUUUGGAUAGGUUUAAUGAAGAAAAUGAGAUCGAUGAUCAUGACGUAAAUGAUCACGAUUAUGUCAAUGAGAAUGGUGGUGCACAUGUUCUUGUCGAUGAAGACGAUGACGAUUUUAUGGCGAAAUUUUGGUCUCUACAUGACAAACAGAAUGACACUGACGAUGACAGUGAUGAAGACGAAGACGAUUAUGGGAUAUUUUGCGAUGUGGGUUUCCGGCUAGACAUUGAGGAAGAUGAAGGGUGGUGA